GUUCCGUCCUCGCUCGGCUGUUUCCGGGGCGGGUUCGGGCCGUUCCGGCGGCGCUCGGGCCUGUCCCAGGCUGGGCCGGGCCGGAGGCGGCAGAGCGGGGCUGGAGCCGGGCGGCGGCGGAUGGAGCUGGCGGAGAGGCACUGGGAAAGGGGACGUAGCACGACACACUGUUCUGGACUGGAAGCCUCCCAGACUCCAAGAAACCCGCUUCUUUUUUGGUGAAACAGACCCUGACCUCGGGUUUCCUUGCUGCAUGCCCGCUCACCAGUGCUGGAUUAUGUUUGUCUCCUUCUCCCUUUGCUCCAUAAUUUGGCUGAAUCGUGGUUUCAAGCUCAGGAAAAGGGGCUGCACCUAAAGAGCUCUGGGGCACCCGGACUAGGCUCCUGGGGUGCUGUUUCACACAGAGACAUUCAGAGUGCUGAUGGGGGAGAGCUACCUCUGAGGACCCUCCUCUCCUGCCUGAAACGUGCUGUCUGACUGUUCAGAGCCCUUCUCCUCUCCCCCCAGCAGAGAGGAUGGGCAGCACCGACGGCUUCCAGUACCGCGCGCUCUACCCCUACCGCAAGGAGCGCGAGGAGGAUAUCGACCUGCUGCCCGGGGACAUCCUGGUCGUCAGCAAGGGGGCCCUGCAGUCCCUGGGUUUCAAAGACGGGGAUGAGCAGACCCCCAACCAGAUCGGGUGGAUCCUGGGUGUCAACGAGCGGACCAAGCAGAAGGGGGACUUCCCUGGCACCUACGUGGAGUAUGUGGGGCCGGUGAAGAUCUCGGUCCCUUCUCACCGGCCCCGAGUGCAGAGACCCUUGCCUGCCACACCUGGGGCCAGCGGCUGCCGGCUGCCGGAGGCUGUGGAGCAAGGGUCUCCUCUCCUGGACUUGCAGGAACAGUUCAGCCCUCCCGAGAUUGCUCCGCCGCUCCUGGUGAAGCUGCUGGAAGCUAUUGAGAAGAAAGGGUUAGACAGCGAGAUGUUGUACAGGACAUCUGGCUCCGAACUGAGGCAGGCGCUGAGAACCGAUUGGACCCUGGGUGACCUGGAGCCCUUGGACGUGCACUCCCUGGGUGAGGUGCUGCGGGGUUAUCUGCAGGACCUGCCCUCCCCCGUGGUGCCUGUGUCCGUGCAUGGAGACAUCCUUCGCAUCCUGCAGGAGAUCCCCCAGCCAGAGAAUUGCCGGAAGCAGCUGCUGCUGGCCCUGGAGUCGCCUGCGGUACCGCUCCAGAACACGCUCACCCUGCAGUUCCUGCUCCGGCAUCUGGGGAAGGUAUCGCAGCGGGCCGAGAGCAACGGCCUCCACCCUCGGGCCCUGGGAGAGAUCUUCGGCCCCCUGCUCCUGCGGCUGCCUGGCGCCAGCCCAGAGCUGAGCCCUGACUUCUCCGUGCUGUUUUUGGAGACACUCCUGCAGACGAAGGAGCUGGAACUGGAACAGUUGCCUCCAGCCUUGCCUCCCAAACCACCGAAGCCAAAGCCCAGCGCAGCCAGCCUGGCCAACGGGAACAGCGCACCCUUGCAGGAUGCUGAGUGGUACUGGGGGGACAUUUCUAGGGAGGAGGUGAACGAGAAGCUACGGGACACACCGGAUGGGACUUUCUUGGUGCGUGAUGCUUCCAGCAAGAUCCAGGGGGAAUACACACUCACGCUCAGGAAGGGAGGCAAUAACAAGCUGAUCAAGAUCUUCCACCGGGAAGGGAAGUAUGGCUUCUCAGAGCCCUUGACUUUUGGCUCCGUGGUGGAGCUCAUCACCCACUACCGGCACGAAUCGCUCGCCCAGUACAACGCCAAGCUGGACACCAGGCUGCUCUACCCCAUUUCCAAGUACCAGCAGGACCAGCUGGUGAAGGAGGACAGUGUGGAAGCCGUUGGGGAGCAGCUGAAGGUGUAUCAUCAGCAGUACCAGGACAAGAGCUGGGAGUACGACCUGCUGUAUGAGGAGUACACACGCACUUCCCAGGAGCUGCAGAUGAAGAGGACGGCAAUCGAGGCCUUCAAUGAGACGAUCAAGAUCUUUGAGGAGCAGUGUCAGACCCAGGAGAAGUGCAGCAAGGAGUACAUAGAGCGCUUCCGGCGGGAGGGCAACGAGAAGGAGGUGCAACGGAUCCUCAUGAACUCGGAGAAGCUCAAGUCUCGCAUCACAGAGAUCCACGACAGCAAGAUGAAGCUGGAGCAGGACCUGAAGAAGCAAGCCUCGGAGAACCGGGAGAUCGACAAGCGCAUGAACAGCCUCAAGCCAGACCUCAUGCAGCUGCGCAAACUGCGGGACCAGUACUUGGUAUGGCUCACGCAGAAGGGUGCCCGACAGAAGAAGAUCAACGAGUGGCUGGGCAUCAAGAACGAGACGGAGGACCAGUACUCCAUGAUGGACGACGAGGAGGAGCUGCCCCACCACGAGGAGCGAACGUGGUACGUGGGGAAGAUCAACCGCGUGCAGGCAGAGGAGAUGCUGUGUGGCAAGAGGGAUGGCACCUUCCUGAUCCGUGAAAGCAGCCAGAAGGGAUGCUAUGCCUGCUCUGUGGUGGUGGACGGUGACACCAAGCACUGCGUGAUCUACAAGACGGCAACGGGCUAUGGGUUCGCUGAACCCUACAACCUCUAUGCCUCCCUCAAGGACCUGGUCUUGCACUACAAGCACACGUCCCUGGUGCAGCACAAUGACUCCCUGAAUGUCACGCUGGCUCACCCAGUCCUUUCCCAGCCACCAGCCAGAUGAGCAGCCCAUGCACAACACAACAGCUGCCUUCAGCUUCUCCCCAGGGCGCUGCUUUCUGGCUCUGGACUCUUGCACCCUGUAUAGUUGAGUCUCUGUGCUCCUGCUCCUUCAGAGCCUCUGAGAUGUCUGUGACUGUUCCUGAUGUCCCUCUUGGUCAGUAGCUGAAACCCAUGUUGGCUGAUGGGACAGAAAGGCUGGGCUGUUGAUUCCCAGCGGGCUCCAGCCUCUAGGAGGUGGGAUCCAGUCGUGAUUGAAUUGCUGGGGGCGAGCACAGCCCCCUCCCCUUCCCUGAUAAGCAGGUCAGAUCCCCUUCUUGCUGGCAGGUCGCCCCGCUAUGCAUCACUGUAGAGCUUGGUUCCCAAUUCCUCGGAGCACUCCAGCUGGGACCGAGGGGCUCCCUGUCUGGAUGCUGGAGGAGGCAGAGGAGCAGCGUAUGCAUCCUUCAGUCUCGCUUCCCUUGGUGGUCUGGCAGGCUGUGAUGGUGUCUGGUACGAGGGCUGCUGCUCUUGCAUGCAGAGACUCAUUUAGGAAGGAGAAACCUCACCCUCCGUGGGGCUCCCCGGCUGAGGUUUCCCCACCUCACCGUCAUUCCCUAGUGUCAUAACCACCUCUGGACUGUUGCUGCCCGGGCAGGGAGGAUCCAGUUAGUGAUGGAUCUCUUGCUUUAGUUGUGCCAGUGAAGCUGUGAAAUCCGUGUUGGUACCCGUGUUUUUCCUCACAGGAUUUGUGGGAUGCACAGCUCGUUGUUCCCGGCUGGCCUCAGUGACUCUCUGCACACGUAACCUGUUUGAAGCUGGACUAUAGCUCUGUAAAUAUGGUUCUUUUUGUGAGCUUCCCUGGUGCUGGUGUUUGCUGAGCCCCCACUGCCACCCCCAGCGUGGGCAGCAGCUGCCAGGCUGCCCUGGGCCCUGCAGCUUGAGCAGGAGAGGGCUGGAGUCCAACGCACACUACGAGCCCUACAUGGAAUGAAGGACCUCUCUGCUGCAGGAGGACAGAUCUGCUGGGCCCAGGGCAUGCUGAAAUGUAUCUGCAUGAUGGUGAACUACGUAUGCAAAGCACUUAGAAUCAUGGGUCCUGUAUGGGGUCCGGGGCAGGGCUGCCCACUGUGGGCAGGGCAUUGUGUCAGAGUUCAGAGGGCCCGAGGGCAGCCAAGGUGGCUCUGGAAGAGCUUUAAAAGCUGAGCUGAGAGUUGAGGCUGUGGUGGCAUUUGCUUCCCUGGGUUCUCUCAUCUGCUUGGCUUGAGGAAAGCAGUCUUGGUCUUGAUUUGCGGGAGAGGCUCGUUCCCUUUUGGAGGCUGCAUCCCAGGGAUGGGGUUUUGCUGCUUCUGUUUCCUGUGGCAGCUCGGGCUCUGCUGGCUUCACGGAGUGCCGUGUGCUUUUGCUCUGCCUGCAGCCUGUCCUUGAUGUGCCACCUGCAUUGGGGACCAUGCUGUCUCUCCUUCCCCAGCCAGCUCUGUUGCUCGCCUUGCCCUGGGCUGGUCCCCAGAUCCUUUUGGAGCUGGGAUUGCUGGCGCAAUCGUCCUCUUCCCAUUGCUUGUGGCAGUUCUCCUGUGCUCGAUUGUACAGCCCCUGUUCCCUGCUCUGCAUGUCCUCUCUGGGCCCUGGCUUUUGAGUCUGGUUUGUUGGUGUUUGAUGCUGUGGUGCAGGUGAUGGGUCAGGGGAGCUGUGGGUGCAGUGGCUGGCUUCAGAGAUCACUUGGGAAAUGCUGCCAGGGAUAAUUAAGGGAAUUCUUUGGGCUCGGGCGCAUGAGAGAUGAGAGCGUGUGGGAACGGGGCAGGAAGGCUUCAUCCUCAUAGUGCUCUCCAGUGACCUACUGGAGUCUGUGGAAUGGCUGGCUGGGCUGCAUCAACACCCCAAAGCUCUGUCAGUCUCCCACACUGGUCACCGUGGCACAUUUUCAGCCUGGGGACUCUGUGCUGGUCCUGUGCUUGUCCCUGCACUUCCAUCAUGUCCCUGUGCCACGGGAUGGGUUGCAGGUGAUGGGAUCCUCAGCCUCUCACCCCAUGGACUCCACGUUCCCCCACCACCCCACAAGGUGAGCUCAGGGCCAGUCCUGCCAAGGGGAGUUGCUCCCAGCUCAUGCCAGGACUUGCUGAGCAUCUGGAAGAGUCUCAGCUUCAAGCUGUCACCUGUCAACACUUCGCUUGCUGCUCGCCCGGCUCUGCUGCCCAGGGAAAUUUACCCUGUUUUUGUAUCCUUUGGGCUGAAUUUCUGCAGUUCUCCCCGUGCUGUCCCUUUCUUCUGCACAGCCGCAGACCCUUCCUCCCCAGGAGCAGGGGGGGUGUGGUGUCAUGGUGACCCCUCUGCACCUUCCAGCACUGCCAUUCCUGCCCACUUGGUGGCCUGUCCCCGACGGGGCUCUGCUCGCACCUGUGUACGACGAGGUGGAAGAUGCCCUUCCCCAGGGCUGCCUUUCCCUGACGGUGCUUCACUCGGCUCCCUGAAACGCAGCUUUUUCCCCGCUCUCCCCGGGGUGGGAGCCCAGCCCCCGAGCUCCUGCAGCGCUGCUCCCCCGGUAUAAGCUCGCUGUGAUUUGUCCUUUGCUGCUUUCGCUCGUUCUGAACCCGCUGGCGCCGCGUUUGGAGGCGCUGGGCUAUGCUUUGCUGCUUGUGACCCCCCAACGUCCUCCAACCGAGCCGUGCCAUGGGUGCAACGUGGCUGUUCCUGCUCCCCGGGGACAGUUUGGGACUUGUCCCUCCGUGUCCCUGCUCGGGGGGCUCCAUGACCCCCCGUGUAACCCCCCCAAGGGGUGCUGGUGCAGGUUUGUGCUCAGAGAGGACGUGGUGGCUGCGUGAGGUUUUAGUUUCUUAGGCGUACGCAAUAACGAAUAACCUGCCCCCCCGAGCUGUCCGUUACCAGCAGUAGUGCUCUCUGCUCUUUCCGUUGAUGUUUACUAAUGUAAAUCCAGUAUUUGUUACUGUAAUAGGAUUUUUUUUUUUUGUACGGUACUUUGAAAAAACCCACAAAAACGACAAAAAAAAAGGAACAAAAAAGAGGAAAGAAAUAAACAUUGUUAAUGA